GAAGAAUGGAUACCUUGAUAGAUCUACGAUUGAUUGUGCUUUUAGCAGUUUAUGUGGUUCUUGUCGAGGCACUUCCGCAUAGACGACAAGCCAGUGUUGCCGACGUUUCGUCAACAGUUACCUUCACGUGCAACGGAAAAGCCAGCGGGUACUACGCCGAUCCAGAAACGUGCAGAAUGUAUUAUGUUUGCGAUAGUGGUGACAUUUACCGUUUGCCUUGCGAUUUGGGUACCUACUUUGACCCUGUGACUAUUACAUGUAGCUUAAUCGAAGACGUGCCGUGCAACGCCCCAAACUUACCGCUCUUUUGCGACUCGCGUCAAGACGGCGUGUUUCCAGACAUCGACGACUGCUCGAGUUUCUACAUUUGUGUCUUCAGUUUAACUUACCCGAUAAGUUGCGUAGACGGUCUUAUUUGGAACCAAGACUUUGGAAAGCUGUGUCUUGGCUGAAAAUGGCAACUGCGAUCUUUCGCAGGAGUCUUUCUCGUGCGAUGGGCGCGGUCAUGGUUACUACCCCGACCCGGCUGAUUGUACUGGGUACUACCACUGCGCUGGCCGUAACACGCCAUAUCGCUCGAGCUGUGGUCAGCUAUAUUGGAACCAGCAGAUCGGGGGUUGUGAUUUCCCCGAUAAUGUAGCUUGCAACGCUAAAUAGUUUUAUAAGCAAAGGAAUGUGUUUUGCCUUUGUAUUUGAGCUAUAGAUUUGUUUUUAUAUUAAAAAUGCACUCCACUGUUUGCAACUUUACAGGAACAAUAUGUUUCUACAUAAGCUUGUGCACAACAAGUACUGCGGUUUUACAGUCUAAACCUGUACUUUAGAUUUUAAAAUCUAGGGUAAUUUGCACAGCAACGAUACCGGGACAUUUGCACAGCGCUGAUAAUUAUCAACACACGGAAUUUGGGUGUUUUAAAAAAC